AAUUUUGUUUUUAAUUAGAUCUAGACAUACAUAUAGUCUACAGCAGUUUAAAACUUCAUUAAGAUGGCAACCGUCGUGCGAAGGAAAGAUUUUUCGCUAAAGGUUUUAUCUAGAAAUCCAGAAAAUUAUAGAAGAGAAACAAAACUUGAUAUCCAUAAAGCUCCUCAAAAUCCAGAAUCUUACUUACAUCCCUUUGCAAUUGAGAGAGAGUAUCAGAGGGCUCUGAAUGCUACCAAGUUAGAGAGAGUCUUUGCAAAGCCAUUUUUGUGUGGCUUGGAAGGACAUCGUGACAACAUUGAAUGCCUUGCUAAAUUUCCUACUCGCUUGUCUCAUGUCCUGUCCGCUGCAUCCGAUGGAGAGAUUCGUCUUUGGGACCUGUCAACCAAAAAAUGUAUCAGUAACGUCGUAGCUCAUGAUGGCCUGGUCAGAGGGAUGUGUGCACACAGAUCAGGAAAUUUCUUUCUCUCUUGUGGUCAGGAUGCUAAUGUCAAAUUCUGGGCCUGUUCAGAAGAAGGUCACGUUACUCAGGAACCUGUCCGAACAAUUCUAAAUAAGCAUGUUUAUCAGAGUAUUGAUCAUCACGAGAAAGAUGAUACAUUUGUUACCUGUGGCCAGUCCCUGGACGUUUGGGCAGGAGACCGAGCACAACCCUACCAGUCUUACACUUGGGGUUUGGACAGUAUGCACUAUGUCAAAUUUAAUAGAAUUGAGACUCACCUGGUAGCUGUGGCAGCUGAUGACAGAAGUAUUAUGUUGUAUGACAUACGAGGUGGUGCUGGAGUACAAAAGCUUAUCAUGAGGAUGAAGACGAAUGCUAUCAGCUGGAACCCAAUGCAGGCCUACAUAUUUACAGCUGCCUGUGAUGACUACAAUCUGUAUACAUAUGACAUCAGGAAUCUCACAAUGGCUGCAAACAAACAUGAGGACCAUAUAGCUGCUGUGAUGGAUGUUGACUAUGCCCCUACAGGUAAAGAGUUUGCCACUGCAGGCUACGACAGAGCUGUGCGGAUAUUCAAUGCAGUGGAAGGCCAUAGCAGAGAUGUCUACACUACAAAACGUAUGCAGCGUGUCAACCACAUCUUGUGGUCCAUGGACAACAAGUACAUCCUGUCAGGCUCUGAUGAGAUGAAUGUCAGAUUGUGGAAAUCUAAAGCUGCGGAGAAACUGGGUGUGCUUAAGCCAAGAGAGAAAACAGCAUUCAAUACAGCUGAAACCUUGAAGAGAACAUUCAAAGACCACCCAGAGAUCAAGAGGAUUUCUAGACACAGGCAUUUGCCUAAACUCAUCUUCAGCCAAAGGAAAGAACUCAGAGAAAUCAAAGAGGCUCAAAAGAGAAAAGAGAGCAAUCGCAGAUUCCACAGCAAGCCAGGAGCUGUUCCAUUCCAGCCAGAGCGAAAGAAACAGAUUGUGGAGCUCAAAGAUUGAUGUGUUGCUUUUAUUCUGUGGUGUGUCUGUGUGUGUGCUGUUGGUAAAACUUGUCAUGGUGUGUAUAAGGGUGUGGGUUAGGAUGCUUUGUUCUGUUUCUGAUGAAACAAAAAUAAUUGUCUUGAAUGGAGAAAGAAUGUAAGACUGGAUUUCUUGUGAUUCUGCUGUUACACUGUACAUAGACCCUAAUUAAAUGGUUAAGCUCUUG